AUGGAGAUAGAGGCGUGCAGGGCCCAGGACAGAAAGUACUUGGGCGCCUCGCUCUCCUUUGCCUCCACUGAGGUACAGAGCCACAGCAGCGAUGCUGGGAGCACUGAGGUACAGAGCCGCAGCAGCACCAAUGCUGGGAGCACUGAGGUACAGAGCCGCAGCAGCGAUGCUGGGAGCACUGAGGUUCAGAGCCGCAGCACCGAUGCUGGGAGCACUGAGGUACAGAGCCACAGCAGCACCAAUGCUGGGAGCACUGAGGUACAGAGCCGCAGCACCGAUGCUGGUAGCACUGAGGUACAGAGCCGCAGCAGCACCAAUGCUGGGAGCACUGAGGUACAGAGCCGCAGCACCAAUGCUGGGAGCACUGAGGUACAGAGCCGCAGCAGCGAUGCUGGGAGCACUGAGGUACAGAGCCGCAGCACCGAUGCUGGGAGCACUGAGGUACAGAGCCGCAGCAGCGAUGCUGGGAGCACUGAGGUUCAGAGCCGCAGCACCGAUGCUGGGAGCACUGAGGUACAGAGCCACAGCAGCACCAAUGCUGGGAGCACUGAGGUACAGAGCCGCAGCACCGAUGCUGGGAGCACUGAGGUACAGAGCCGCAGCAGCGAUGCUGGGAGCACUGAGGUACAGAGCCGCAGCACCGAUGCUGGGAGCACUGAGGUACAGAGCCGCAGCAGCACCAAUGCUGGGAGCACUGAGGUACAGAGCCGCAGCACCAAUGCUGGGAGCACUGAGGUACAGAGCCGCAGCAGCGAUGCUGGGAGCACUGAGGUACAGAGCCGCAGCACCGAUGCUGGGAGCACUGAGGUACAGAGCCGCAGCAGCGAUGCUGGGAGCACUGAGGUACAGAGCCGCAGCACCGAUGCUGGGAGCACUGAGGUACAGAGCCGCAGCAGCACCAAUGCUGGGAGCACUGAGGUACAGAGCCGCAGCACCGAUGCUGGGAGCACUGAGGUACAGAGCCGCAGCAGCGAUGCUGGGAGCACUGAGGUACAGAGCCGCAGCAGCGAUGCUGGGAGCACUGAGGUACAGAGCCGCAGCACCGAUGCUGGGAGCACUGAGGUACAGAGCCGCAGCAGCGAUGCUGGGAGCACUGAGGUACAGAGCCGCAGCACUGAUGCUGGGAGCACUGAGGUACAGAGCCGCAGCAGCACCAAUGCUGGGAGCACUGAGGUACAGAGCCACAGCACCGAUGCUGGGAGCACUGAGGUACAGAGCCGCAGCAGCACCGAUGCUGGGAGCACUGAGGUACAGAGCCGCAGCACCGAUGCUGGGAGCACUGAGGUACAGAGCCGCAGCAGCACCAAUGCUGGGAGCACUGAGGUACAGAGCCGCAGCACCAAUGCUGGGAGCACUGAGGUACAGAGCCACAGCACCGAUGCUGGGAGCACUGAGGUACAGAGCCGCAGCAGCGAUGCUGGGAGCACUGAGGUACAGAGCCGCAGCAGCACCGAUGCUGGGAGCACUGAGGUACAGAGCCGCAGCAGCGAUGCUGGGAGCACUGAGGUACAGAGCCGCAGCAGCACCAAUGCUGGGAGCACUGAGGUACAGAGCCGCAGCACCGAUGCUGGGAGCACUGAGGUACAGAGCCGCAGCAGCGAUGCUGGGAGCACUGAGGUACAGAGCUGCAGCACCGAUGCUGGGAGCACUGAGGUACAGAGCCGCAGCAGCGAUGCUGGGAGCACUGAGGUACAGAGCCGCAGCAGCGAUGCUGGGAGCACUGAGGUACAGAGCCGCAGCACCGAUGCUGGGAGCACUGAGGUACAGAGCCGCAGCACCGAUGCUGGGAGCACUGAGGUACAGAGCCGCAGCACCGAUGCUGGGAGCACUGAGGUACAGAGCCGCAGCACCGAUGCUGGGAGCACUGAGGUACAGAGCCGCAGCAGCGAUGCUGGGAGCACUGAGGUACAGAGCCGCAGCAGCGAUGCUGGGAGCACUGAGGUACAGAGCCUCAGCAGCGAUGCUGGGAGCACUGAGGUACAGAGCCGCAGCAGCGAUGCUGGGAGCACUGAGGUACAGAGCCGCAGCAGCGAUGCUGGGAGCACUGAGGUUCAGAGCCGCAGCACCGAUGCUGGGAGCACUGAGGUACAGAGCCACAGCAGCACCAAUGCUGGGAGCACUGAGGUACAGAGCCGUAGCACCGAUGCUGGGAGCACUGAGGUACAGAGCCGCAGCACCGAUGCUGGGAGCACUGAGGUACAGAGCCGCAGCAGCGAUGCUGGGAGCACUGAGGUACAGAGCCGCAGCAGCGAUGCUGGGAGCACUGAGGUACAGAGCCGCAGCACCGAUGCUGGGAGCACUGAGGUACAGAGCCGCAGCAGCACCAAUGCUGGGAGCACUGAGGUACAGAGCCGCAGCACCAAUGCUGGGAGCACUGAGGUACAGAGCCGCAGCAGCGAUGCUGGGAGCACUGAGGUUCAGAGCCGCAGCACCGAUGCUGGGAGCACUGAGGUACAGAGCCGCAGCAGCGAUGCUGGGAGCACUGAGGUACAGAGCCGCAGCACCGAUGCUGGGAGCACUGAGGUACAGAGCCACAGCAGCACCAAUGCUGGGAGCACUGAGGUACAGAGCCGUAGCACCGAUGCUGGGAGCACUGAGGUACAGAGCCGCAGCAGCGAUGCUGGGAGCACUGAGGUACAGAGCCGCAGCAGCACCAAUGCUGGGAGCACUGAGGUACAGAGCCGCAGCACCAAUGCUGGGAGCACUGAGGUACAGAGCCGCAGCAGCGAUGCUGGGAGCACUGAGGUACAGAGCCGCAGCACCGAUGCUGGGAGCACUGAGGUACAGAGCCGCAGCAGCGAUGCUGGGAGCACUGAGGUACAGAGCCGCAGCACCGAUGCUGGGAGCACUGAGGUACAGAGCCGCAGCAGCGAUGCUGGGAGCACUGAGGUACAGAGCUGCAGCACCGAUGCUGGGAGCACUGAGGUACAGAGCCGCAGCAGCGAUGCUGGGAGCACUGAGGUACAGAGCCGCAGCAGCGAUGCUGGGAGCACUGAGGUACAGAGCCACAGCACCGAUGCUGGGAGCACUGAGGUACAGAGCCGCAGCAGCGAUGCUGGGAGCACUGAGGUUCAGAGCCGCAGCACCGAUGCUGGGAGCACUGAGGUACAGAGCCACAGCAGCACCAAUGCUGGGAGCACUGAGGUACAGAGCCUCAGCAGCGAUGCUGGGAGCACUGAGGUACAGAGCCACAGCACCAAUGCUGGGAGCACUGAGGUACAGAGCCGCAGCACCGAUGCUGGGAGCACUGAGGUACAGAGCCGCAGCAGCGAUGCUGGGAGCACUGAGGUACAGAGCCGCAGCACCGAUGCUGGGAGCACUGAGGUACAGAGCCGCAGCAGCGAUGCUGGGAGCACUGAGGUACAGAGCCGCAGCACCGAUGCUGGGAGCACUGAGGUACAGAGCCGCAGCAGCACCAAUGCUGGGAGCACUGAGGUACAGAGCCGCAGCACCGAUGCUGGGAGCACUGAGGUACAGAGCCGCAGCAGCGAUGCUGGGAGCACUGAGGUACAGAGCCGCAGCACCGAUGCUGGGAGCACUGAGGUACAGAGCCGCAGCAGCGAUGCUGGGAGCACUGAGGUACAGAGCCGCAGCACCGAUGCUGGGAGCACUGAGGUACAGAGCCACAGCACCGAUGCUGGGAGCACUGAGGUACAGAGCCGCAGCAGCGAUGCUGGGAGCACUGAGGUUCAGAGCCGCAGCACCGAUGCUGGGAGCACUGAGGUACAGAGCCACAGCAGCGAUGCUGGGAGCACUGAGGUACAGAGCCGCAGCACCGAUGCUGGGAGCACUGAGGUACAGAGCCGCAGCAGCGAUGCUGGGAGCACUGAGGUACAGAGCAGCAGCACCAAUGCUGGGAGCACUGAGGUACAGAGCCGCAGCAGCGAUGCUGGGAGCACUGAGGACCUUGGCUGCUUCUCAGAACUUGGGAGAUUUUUUGGGGAAAUCACACUGAAGGCUGGAGACGAGCCCCAGACUUUGGGUCUCAAUCUGUGGCAGACACCGAGGGCUGCUCAAUCCCAGCUGCAGCACCCCAGUGCUGAGGCCUCUCAGGUUUCUUGA